AAACCGAAAGCAAAUGAUUUUUAACCCCGACUGGCGCGGCAUCAUGCGGUAAACAUCGAGUAAUCAGACCAGUCACGUGAUUCCAAAUUGUAACUUGCAACGCCCGUGGAAGAAGCCGCCGUUUACGAAAAGUAGCUGCCGCGUGUGGACUCGUAAACAAGUGACAACCGUUCGCGAUGUUUGCAGAUUUCACAGUGCCUGCCGCAUACAUUCCGUGUGAGGAUUAGCGUCCAUGAUUAGCGUCCUGCCAUGAGCCCGCCAAGACCAGGCGCCGGCGAAGGUUGCAUCUUGCUGCGGAGCGACAUCGUCUUCAAAGCCCUGCAACGGAAAGAUUCGGUGCUGUUCGACAAGCUGGUGCGACAUGGCUCGCUUUCCGGCUUCGUGCUGCCCGACUCGGACGACGACAUGACCCUGCUGCACCUCGUCGUCAGCGUGGACGAGUUCUCGUUGGAGUUUCUCGACAAGCUGCUGAACAGUGGGGCCGACCCGAACGCGGCGAACGCGGACGGUGUAACCGCCCUGCACAUCGCCGCGGCGUCGGGCAACGUGCACGCCCUGGAACGGCUCGUCGAGCGUGGUGGCGAUCCUUCGCGUCGCGACCCCACCGGUAAGGACGUGUUCGAAAUCCUCAUCGAGAGCGAGCACUGGGACUGCCUCAGGAGAGUGAAGGAGCUGCUCGGCCCCACCGCCGAAGACCGCGACGAUCCAGAGGGGGCUACUCAGGUGAACGGGUCGCCGCAUCCCGCGCAGGACUCGAACGCUUCCAUUAUUUCCGACGUGGCGGGCGCCGGCGAUGAUGUGGACGUUUCGCCGCGCCUCUCUACUCCGUCCGACGGAAGCAGCGAUACUGAGUGCCUUCUGAACACAGCUUACGUGUUCCCGCACCCUUACCUGUCCCCCGUGUACGUCGACGACAGGCGGGCCCGGGCCAGAAGACGUCAGCGAGGCAGCGACGGCUCUGAUAGUGCAGCAGACGGCUGCGAGGCCAGCCAUACGGACGAGUCCGCGUGGCCGCGGACGUCUGAAUCUUCCUUUAAUGGCGGCAGCAGGAGCUACGACGACGACGACGACGCCGACGUCGCCCCCACCGAUUCCUCGUGGGCGUCUUCGAACUUGUCGCAGGAGCUGUUGCGACUUAGCGAUGAGGAACUGCGCGAGCAGCUCGCCGCCUACUGCGGUCACGACGUCGGGCCGGUGCUCGACUCUAACCGCAACGUCCACCGGCACGCGCUGGCCCACUACCGUCUCGGCGCCCGUGCGCGCGUCAAGCUCGCGUCGACCGACUCGUCGUACGGUUCCGCGACGAAAGGAAACAAGGCCGUCUUAGUGCAGACUUGCGACUUCUGCGAGGUGGUCCACAGGGACCCCGAGUCCGGCGUCGUGCUCAAGGAAGAGCACUACCACUCGUCCUCGGAGGCCGAUUCGAGCGCCACCGCAGGAGUGAGCAGCAGCGGUCCCGAGAACGACACCGUUGACGUGCCGCCGGAACUCGGGUGCCUCACGAACGAACAGAUACUCGCGAAGCUGAGGAGCCUGGGCGACGCGCCUGGACCGGUGACCGACGGUACGCGGUUGGUAUAUUUGAACCGGCUCGCCAGACUGCACUUGGGCCUGGUGACCCUCCACAAGUCCCGCGACGUCUUGUCGCCGGACGUCCACACCCUGGUGCUCAACGCGGGCAACUUGGAUGCCUACAGGGACUUGGAGGUCGCCAUGAUGAGCGAUUUCGACACUCCCCAUCCCAACAGCUACUGGAGAGAGGGCAACACAAAGGGUUCCUUCACGUAUCUCCUCCUGGACACCAGAGUAACUCGAAACCUGCCUCUGAGGGCCCCCGGCUUGACACUGGCAGAGCGCAUGUCUGACUUCCUGAAGGCAGUCUUUUACGUCGGUAAGGGCAAGAGGUCUAGGCCGUUCAGUCACCUCUGUGAGGCAUUGCUCGUCCGUAAGGGUCUGGACAAGUCAUUGCCGAAGAAGGAGGCUGAGAAGACCCGCAAGAUCCUGCAGAUCUGGGACUCCAGGCACGGCGUGGUCUCGCUGCACGUCUUCCAGAACACACUGGCCGUCGAAGCGUACACAAGGGAAGCAUGCAUGAUCGACGCAAUUGGCCUACGCCGACUGACAAAUCAAAAGAAAGGAGACGUGUACGGCGUCGUUCGAUCGUGGCAUGAGAAGAAACGGCGAAAGCUAGGAGCGUACCUUGUGUACAAGGCACUGAACAUAUUCCUUAGCGAAGGUGAGCGGCAUCUGGGACCGCUGGACCUGUGAUGUAUACUUUUUGGCAAUCAGCUGGCAUUCAGAUGCAGGCUCCAGUACCAAGCUGAGAACACCAGUGCCUUUUAAAUUCUCAUGUGACUGUUGAAAACAACAUGACGUAUAACUUUGUGUUGGACGUGAUUGUGUGCAACAGCACGAAGCAAGCUGCUGUCUUGGCAUAGUUUUUUUUUUUUCUUGUUGCUUUGCGAUUUUACCCUGGCAUAGUUGUGAAGAAAAAUAUUUAAGCUUUAUAAUUCUUUUAGAUUUUUAUACUGAUUUUAACAUGGUUUGCUACUAGAAGGUGCAAAUUCUGGCUGUUGUAGUCACAUUAGCGCAAAAUACCUUCGUCAUGCCGUCCAUUGUACAGUUUAUCGCUGUUGUGGGAUUUUUGAAGCCCAUAGAUGUGCACGCUGUAAUGUGAUCAUCCUACCAUGAACGUUUCGUGGCUGUUUCUGCAAGUCAGUUGCCAUCAAGUGUUUUACUGUGGCCAACACACAUUAAAGAUUCAUUUUACAUGUUACCGGUUCAUUGUAUUGCUAAGUAUGAGUUACAGCGCUACAUUCUUUUAGUCUCAAACUUGGCAGAUAAAAGUACUUAUCAAAUUAACUGCUAGUCGUUUGUGGUGUCUCCCAGGAGCUACUGUGAGAGUUACGCAUCUUUUUGCAUUGUUUCGCUUUUAUUUAAUGACCAAGACACAAAGCUUGUGCUUUGCACGGUGAUUGUACAUUAAAGAAUUUCAUUUUACAUGUUACCGGUUCAUUGUAUUGCUAAGUAUGAGUUGCAUCGCUAACCUUAAUAUGGAGUUAGUAAUUUUCGAAAUCAUAUUGAAGUCAACUACGUAUCAAACAGUGGUUGCACUGUAUCUGCUUUCAAAUGAGUUCAUAAUGGAAAUCUAAGAUUUACGCAAUUACAGCAACUAGUCUACACCAAGCCAUCUCUGAUUUAACAUAAAAAAACUCCCAUUUGUUUCAUAUCUGCUGAAGGUCUGCACAGGACAUACAGGAGUAUUUGGGACACUAAAAUAGCGGCUACCAUUUGGGGGACUCAGAAGAAUAGCACAAUACUUGGUUCAUCAUUUGAAAUCUUUCAAUGUUCGCACGCCUACUCUGAAUGUUUUAAUAUCUAUGAAUGCACAGUCCUCAAUGAAUGAGGUGAGACCCUAAAGACAGUUUCCUACAAAAAUUACUGGAAGGAAACUUGGUGCUAAUGUCUAUGGGUAGCCAUAAGUGUGGCACUUAUUUUAUAUCUUAUAAAUACUGCAACCACCGUGCAGUAUUAUUAGCAGGGCGGUACAGGCUUAAUACAAUGGUAUGUGCAGAAAAUGCUCAGAUUAAUAAACUAUUAUAUGGAUAAGUACAAAGCAUACAGGUAGGGCACACAUAAGGUUGCAGCAAAUAAUAAACAGAAUGGGAAUAAAGGGUAGUAUUACGUGGAUUUGUCUUAACAUCAUCCUUCUGGCUUGAAGCGACUUUUGUGGCUUUAUGAAUUGUGAGAAUUUUCAACAAACAAUUCACGAUGAAUAUGCAUGCACACAGAGACUUGUUGCCUUGCUAUGUUUAGAAAACCAUAGUUUCUUGGAAAUUUAGAAAGAGAAAACGUAAUAAACUCAAGAAUGUCUGAAGCCACCAGUGCGAAUGUUAGGCAAAUCCAUCUCCUACCUGCCAUUCCCCCGUUAGCUGAAUGACCGCCAGCACCAGAUCUUGUAACACGUAACUCUAAGCUUAAUGGGACAUUCAUACGGAAUACUAAGUUCAACUGUAUUAGUAAAUUCCGCUUACAUAAUAGCAAAACAGCAGAUAGUACGGCAAGAGGAGGCUUUGUUAAGCAGAAAAUACAAAAUGUGGGGAGGGGGCACCUUUGUUGCUCGGGAGAGCUUGCCAUAUUUUUUUUCUUGAUGCUUUACUUCCAAUUACAAUUGAGCCUUCAGAGAGUGUUUUCAUGAAGGACUCCUAUGUUACCUAUAUGCUAUCGCCUUCUUCCCGAUCUAAAACCUUAUAUUUGCUCAUAAACAAGAAGCUGCUUCUCCUCAAUGCCUUUCAACCUUUCUAUGUUCAGCGGGACAUAUCAGCUUCACUUUUCAUGGCAUCUUCAUUGCGUGGCAACAGUAAAAUAUAACAAUGGCAACCGACCUUUUCUGUGCAUCUUCGCUUGCAGACUUGAUCAGAAAGCUUUCCUUUUUAGUUUUAUAUUUAUCAACAAGGUGGAAUGGUUGCUACGAUUGUUUACUUCCUUUAUUGCUGUGUUUCAACUUCCUUCAAGCCACCACAGUGAUAAAUGUGGACUCUGGAGCAAAAUACUUGUAAGGCAUA